GGUGUAUCGGACUUUCCGGCAUCCUCUGCAGUGCAACAGCGGCCUUGUUCGAGGCUACUUACGCCUCGUUUCAACCUGUCGAUCCCGGCUACUGGACGCCACUCGUGCCUGAACAACGUCUGCUCUACACAGACCUUUAGCUACUUACCACAAAGUAUGCGAUUUUUUACAACGUUAGGGUAUCCGGAAGUCUAGAUUUUCACGACUUAGGUGAUUUGAGCAACAAGACUCGACGCAGGGCACGCCUUCCCUGCACUGCAGAGGAAACGCGGCGCGAUAUGGGUCAACUUUCACUAAUAAGCAAAUUUUCGGGCAAAGAGGCCAUUUGGG